AUGACAGUCUACACCGUAAACACUUCUUCAAACAACGACCCUCUACAGUCUUGGGAAGAUUUUUGCACACUCGAAACAAACGGAGUAGAACAAUUCGAGGGACCACUGCCCAAAGAACGUCAAAUAACAGACGCAACGGUUUUGAAAACCUUCGGACAAACGAUCGAACGAAAACAAGACGGCUACUGCGUGCGCCUCCCAUGGGAAAAAGAAUUUGUGCAAUUCCCGGACAACAAAGAACUCGCCGUGCGCCAACUGCAAUUUUUCAUGGCAAGAAUGAAAUCUAAUCCUACAGCAACAGCAAUAGCAGCAAUGGUUCAGCAAAUGCACGAAUCACAAUCAGCUUUACCAACGAAGAAGUUGACGAAAACAAGAAACCUGAUGAUGGAGAUGUUAUACACUACACUACCUGGUCCAUCGAGCUGCUAUAACCCACACAAAAGCACGAUCAAACUACGAAUCGUUUUCGAUGCUUCUGCGCACCUGAAUAACCUCCCAUCACUUAACGAAGUACUUCAUCGAGGACCUGUAGUGCUCCCUAAGCUUUGCGACAUUCUACGAGUCAUAAUCGGAAAUAUCGCAAUCACCAGUGAUGUCGAAAGGGCAUUCCACUAA